AUGGGUCUCAUGAAGAUUGAUCUCUACGCUGGCAAUAAUACAUACUUGGCCACCAUUGCAAAUGAUAUAGAUCCUCUAGCGCUGAGCACAAUCGUCUAUAUCCCACAAAUCAUUCCAAAGAACUACCAUCUCUGUACCCUCCGCUUCAUCACGGCCAAUCCACCCCAAGUCAUUUACACCGCCGACUUCAACAUCAUUCCGAGCCCAUAUCUUGAAGAUCCUCCCACCUCGACGACCACGACAACAUCUUCCUCCUCUCUCCUGCCUACGACCGACAGCACCAUCUUGUCGAGGAUCAGCUCAACACAGCCUGCCUUGCCGAACCCAUCAGACAAACCAUCCUCAAAGAGUACUUCGUCGAGCUUGACCUGGUCCUUAGGCGGUAGAGGCAAGCUGGUUGACGUGGAGCGUGUCAAGUUCAGGCUUCUGUUCAUCGUCUGGCCCGCGCUCGUUGGUCUUUCGUUGGCGAUGUGA